CGUCUUUUCUUGUCUACAAUCCGCUGUGUGGUAGAGGGACGUAUCUUUGCCGGGACACGCACACCUCCAUACACUCACUUUGCUGGACCUUUUUUUUUCCGCGUGUGUGCGCGCGCGCGUGUGUGCGUUUGGCGUGGACACGGAUAAAGUUUUUUACGCACGUUUUACGCAAGAGAAGGACGCGAAUUCUUAUUAGAAAGUUUCGACCGGAGACUUUUCUGGCAUAUUUUGGCUUCCAUUUCGGACAUUUGAAUUCUGGAUUUGUAAAACUUUUUCCCUCUGCUUUGCGGGCGUCCCUGUGCGCAUCCUCCCUCCCUCCUCAGCAGCAACGUUCCCCCGCACCGCAGACACUGACCCGGGCUGUUGUUGUGAUGCAUAUUCCCAUAGAGCCGCCCACCACCAGACGGUUCACGCCGCCCUCCACGUCCUUCCCCUGUAGUAAGCUCGUAGACGGUAACGGGGCCAUGGCCGCCCCGGGGCCCCUCAGGGCGAGACCCGACACCAGGAACGUGGUGGACGUCCUGGCGGACCACGCCGGCGAGUUGGUGCGGACCGACAGCCCGAACUUCCUCUGCUCGGUCCUCCCGUCGCACUGGAGGUGCAACAAGACACUCCCCGUGGCUUUUAAGGUGGUGGCCCUCGGUGAUGUUCCUGACGGGACCCUGGUCACCGUCAUGGCCGGUAACGACGAGAACUACUCGGCCGAGCUGCGGAACGCCUCCGCGGUAAUGAAGAACCAAGUUGCCCGCUUCAACGACCUGCGCUUCGUCGGAAGGAGCGGACGAGGAAAAAGCUUCACUUUGACCAUUACUGUUUUCACCGGACCACCCCAAGUGGCCACUUACCACCGUGCCAUCAAGGUCACUGUGGACGGGCCGCGUGAACCACGCAGGCACAGAGUGAAGAUGGAGGAUUCCCAGAAGCAAUUUUCAGAAAGGCUGUCAGAGAUCGAACGCUACCAGCGGACCAUGAGGAUAGGUCCAGUCAACAAUAAUCCUCGGCCCCUUCCUCAAAGCCACCUCAGCACCACACCAGCAGCACUGUGGCAGGAUCAGAUGGACACCACAACUUUGAAGACGUGCAAGGUGGAGGAGGACCUGAGACCAUGGCCAGGAACGACGGAUCUCUUCCAGCAGAGGACCACCUUCCCGUCUCCGCUGACCGAUCCGCGCUUCUCCGACCCUCGCAUCCAUUACCCCGGGGCCUUCCCUUACUCCACCAACACUUCCAGCACCAGCAUCAGCGGCCUCAGCAUGUCGGCUCCAUCGAGAUACCACACCUACCUGCCGCCGCCCUACUCAAACAACCAGACCCAGAACUUCCAGUCCAACUCCUACCUGUAUUACGGCACAGGAUCCGGGUCCUACCAGUUCUCCAUGGUGGCGCCGGGGAACACCGGGGGCGAGCGCUCGCCCACCCGCCUCCUCUCCUGCUCGGGUGCCGGGGGCACUGGCGGCACCAACAGCCUGAUGAACCCGGGCCUGAACGCCCAGAGCGAGGGCGUGGAGGCCGACGGCAGCCACAGCAAUUCCCCCACGGCCAUGAGCGCCUCGGGGCGCCUGGAUGAGUCCGUCUGGAGGCCUUACUGACUGGCCCGGUGAAGGAAGCGUGGGAAAGUGAAGAGAACGAUGAACAAACUACAGAACACUGAAAGAAAAGAAAGAAAAAAAUGAUGCAUGUUUGUCUUUUAUUUCUGUAGCCUAUUAAGACUUUGUGCGUUUUAACGCUGAUAAAAACGUCCAUGUAUUUUGUAAACUCUGCACUGUGCUCAGACUUGUACCCUUGAAGCCUAUAAAAAAAGCCAUAGGAGCUGAGGAAAGCCAUACAGUUCACUUCAGCCUGAGUCAGCCCUUCAUGAGGGCGGAGGAGCGCAACCAGACUCAACGUUUGCCCCACCAGUGACUCAGACGUGCCUCCAAGGCUUUGGCUGCACUGCUGAAACCAUCAGUCCUCCGAAGCUUUCAUUUGAAAUUAUGCAAACUUCAGAUAUUGAAAAAAAAAAAAACAUUUUCCAGUUGCAUCCUGAGCUGCUGGACUCAAAUGUACUCUCCAAGUGCUGCAUGCAGGUUGCCUUACAGACAAUACUUCCUCUGCUGAGACAGUUGACAAUCUUCCCAUUUGUUGAUUGGAGUCCCUUUUUUGAAAAUGUAUAUUUUUUCUUCUUCACAAAAGAUACAACUCUGGUGUUUUGAAACUGGACGACACGGUUUACUUUUUGAUAUUUAUUUGAGCCAAAGUUUGAGGAAAUGUGUGCAUUUUCCCCCAAAAUCCUUUUAAGUAUUGCUCUCCAGCUUCCCUGUUUUUUUUUAUAUAGAUUUUGUUUUCUUUUUACGGUAUAAGCAUAAUGUUAUGUCUUAGAAUACAUUUGGAACUCCUGUAAUAUAUUGCAACUAAAUUAUAAAAACCAAACAAAGCUUUAAAGUAAUUAUUUUGUCUUCCAAUGUAGCUUUGAUGCACUAAAAACCUUUAUCCUGCAUGAACCCCGCCUGACCGACUUUGUUAGUGAGAUCAUGUGUCAUGUG